GAAACCUGCAGGAAGUGCCAGGGGCUAUGGAAGGAGCACAUGAACCUUACCUGUGAACAGCUGGCUGAGAAGGAUGACAUAAAAUAUAGAACAUCUAUAGAAGAGAAAAUGACUGCAGCCCGGAUUCGAAAAUGCCAUAAGUGUGGUACUGGCCUAAUUAAAUCUGAGGGUUGCAACCGCAUGUCCUGUCGUUGUGGUGCCCAAAUGUGCUACCUCUGCCGAGCCUCCAUUAAUGGAUAUGACCACUUCUGCCAACACCCUCGAUCACCAGGGGCCCCCUGCCAGGAAUGUGCAAAAUGCUCUCUCUGGACCGACCCCACGGAAGACGAUGAGAAGAUAAUUCAGGAGAUUCAGAAGGAGGCUGAAGAGGAGCAAAAGAAGAAGAAUGGAGAAAGCAGUUUCAAGAGGAUUGGCCCUCCUGUGGAAAAGCCUGUGGAGAAAAUCCAGAGAGUUGAAGUCAUCCCACGACCAGUCCCUCAGAACCUUCAUCAGCCCCGAAUGCCUCACUAUCCCUUUGUGCAUCCACCCUUCCCACUCCCGCCCGUCCGCCCGCUGUACAACAACAUACCCCUGAACAUCGGCCCCAUCCCGGCCCCAUACGUGCCCCCCUUGCCGAACAUGCGGGUGAACUACGAUUUCCCCCAGAUCAACGUUCAGCUGGAACACAACUUGCCUAUGCACUUUGGUCCACAGCCACGGCAUCGGUUCUGAUGUGGUUCAAACAGGACUCGUCACGGAGUCUGCAGGUAGAAGCCACAACUGCCCCCAGCACCCUCUGCCCUCUGUCAUUUCCGCCAGCUGCAAGGGGAGCAGCUCUAGAUUCUCCUCCCCACACACACACAGUAUUUAAGGCUUCUAAGGUGUUUAAAUCUUUACAUCUAACCCUGCUGUGCCCUUCAGGCCAGUAUAGCUCUUAGGGCUUUUCUGUUUCAUGAAGGCUGCUCAGCCAGUGAGAGAGGGAAGUGACACCAUGUGUUCUGGGGGGAUGUAACCAUUCAGCCAGCCCUUUGUGCCAAAAACCCACCUUCCUGUCUUGAAUGCAAAGGCUGGCUGGGAGGGAGGGUGAUGUGGGGGAAGCCUGAAAUGAGUCAAAAGCUGGUACUAAGAUUCAGCUGUGCCCUCUAGCCUGGAAGAGAGGUGAUCUGUGCUUCAGGACUGAUUAUCCCUGAGAACACUCCCAGGUUUUUUCUGUAACCUGCGAUUGUCCUGAGACACAGGAGUCAGUACAAGCAAAUCUACAACUGUUUGGUCUGGAAAUGCCUGUCACUGUGAGAGUCCAGUGGUCUGAUGCAGAAGCCCCUCUCAUACUGUGAAAUACCCCCCACGCCCCAGUAUAGCGGCUACAACCCCCUUUGCUGGCUUGGUAUUGUCAGCCACAGCGUUCAGAAGUGAUACUUAAUUUCAGGUGAUCUUAGAGCAGAGGAGGGCGAAAGGGCUUCUGCAGACGGGAUCUGGUCCACGGAGGCCCUGCUGCUCCCCUGCCCUCAGGCCAAUUAAGGCUUGGGGACAGGGGAGCACCUGAAGCCUUCUCCGCUCUGCUCCUGCCCUGCAAGCCAUGUGCGGUGUGGGCAGAGCAGCGAAGGCUUCAGGCGCUACCCCACCCCACAGGUCUUAAUUGGCCUGCGGCGGGGGCGCAUGCAAAGCCUCCUCCCGCCCUGCCAGGAGCAUGUGAUGCUUUAAAGCGCUUUGCGCUGCUCAUAGGGUGCAUGGGAGAGCGGAGGAGGCUUCGCAUGGUUCGUGCCCCCAGGCCAAUCAGGGUCUGGGGGCCAGGGAAGCCGCAUUAAGUUUCCUUUGCCCUGCCCUGGCCCUGCGAGGAGCCUGCAGCCUUCAAAGUGCUAUGUGAGCCUCGCAGGGCAGGAGGAGAAUUCCUGUGCUCCCCAGGCCCUGAUUGGCUGGGGGUGGAGGAACGUGCCAAGCCUCUUCCAGGGCAAGGGUGCCUAGUGGGAAGGGGGGCCAAGGGGCUUCUUCCCCCCAUACACCCACUUCCUGUUUAGGCCCCGCGCCUUCUGGGGUUACCCGGACCUGCUUCAAAAAUGUAAGUGGCCCUCGGUCAAAAAUUAUUGCCCACCCCUGUCUUAGGCAUGAUUUUUCAGAGGGUGAGUGGCCACCUUGAAAGACCGGGUCCUUUCCACGUGGUGCAUGCGCACUCAAUCUUGGUUCUGUAGCGUAACAGAUGGUUGAAACAUACGAAUUGCUCAGAAGAUAAACAAGGCGGCCCAGGCUCAGAGUUGCAUAUAAGCUGAACUGCGUGUGUAGGACUUGCACACAAGUCCCCCUCCCUUGCAGUGACUGUGCGCACAUGAUUGCUUGCAUGUACCCGAUUGUGUACAUGAUGUGCUGUUGUGCGUACAAGCCUGGUAACCGUAUAUAUGCCCUGGGUGCCCAUCUGACUCAGAACCUGGGCCGAAAGCUUUUCAUGUAUACUUGUUGAUGGGCUGGAGGCCGACGGGCAGAGAUGCUGCCAUGGUUCAGGUACAGCUGCUCUGGACUGGGAACGUACUUCCCUCAGUAAGCGUGAUCAAGCUAGCGCACUAAAAAUAGCAACAUGGCCAAAGCAGCAUGAGCAAGGGUCUGAGUGAGCACCUAUCUAGGGUCUCAAAUGGCAUGGGCCUCAAGGCAGCUCGCCCGUCCUGCUGCCAUCGCCACUACGGUAACUCAGACCCGGGGGGUUGGGUGUGGGUAUGUCUGACUGAGCUGGAAAUGACCCCUCCAGCUCUGCUGCACGCAUACAUACUCUCAGCCACAAAACAGGCCUUUUGACACAUUCAAUACGCUUCUGAAAAUCAGUUUAACCAGCUUUCAAACCAGCC